AAAGCAACCUAAGCUUGCGUGACGUUAUCGCGACUGUGUAAAGCGACCCUAUUGAAAGAAUGAAUAUUAUCUUUGGGGAAGUAAAUCCCGUGACCAGAGAACAGUUACUCGAUCCGACAAUAUUUUUCUCCUCGGGCUCUCCCGACUUUACAACAGAUUACAGUGAAUGAAAUUUCAAACUGGUAUACGAUUGGUCUAUUCUUAUGUAUUCAUUGGUCGACAACUAUCCCUGUCCGUUUUAUAGCGUGCUAACAGUCUCUUUCUAUUUAGAAUUAACAUGAAUGACAUUGACGUCAUUUCAGAUUAUCCUAACGAGGAUCAGAAAGAUGUGAUGGAAUCGAACCCUUUCUUGCCCUGCACUCAUUAUAUUAUUGGAGUUUAUUUACUCGUAAUAGGAAUUCUUGGAACGUUUGGAAAUGGGAUUAUAAUAGCUACGUUUUUUCGUUUUCGAAUUCUUUUAUCACCAACAACAACAUUACUGAUUAACUUAGCCAUUGCAGAUCUUGGAAUAUGUCUGUUUGGUUUUCCUUUCUCCUCCUCGUCCAGUUUUGCAAACAAAUGGUUAUACGGUGAUGGCGGAUGCCAAUGGUAUGCGUUUAUGGGCUUUUUAUUCGGUUCUGCUCAUAUAGCCACUUUAGUUGCGCUUGGUUUGGAUCGUUACUUCGUUCUAUGUAACUUGAAUACCAGAAGAAGGUUAAUUUUCCGUCGAUACUACUUAAUGAUAAUUGUAAUCUGGAUUUAUGCUUUAUUCUGGUCGGUUAUGCCUCUAUUAGGUUGGGGAAGAUACAAUUUGGAACCCAGUUUAACCACCUGCACCAUCGAUUGGAGGCACAACGAUACAAGUUAUAAGUCUUUUUUAUCGACUUACUUUAUUUUUGGAUACGUAAUACCUUGUAUUAUCAUCGCAACAUCGUACUUUAUCGCCACAAAACGUAUUAAAAGCGAUAAGAUAACGAUUACAGACAUCAGUAUACCAAUACGUGAUAGAUGGGAUAAUGAAAGGCAUAUGACACUGACUAUCGUAUUUAUAAUUAUCGGAUUUUUAUUGGCUUGGACUCCGUACGCGAUUUUGUGUAUGUGGACUGUUUUCGCAGAUCCUUCGACGGUUCCUUCAUUUUUGACAUUGCUUCCACCACUUUUUGCUAAGGCUUCUACCGUUUUUAAUCCGUUCAUAUACUUUUUUACUAAUCCUCACAUACGAAUUGGAAUGAAAGCUACUCUCCAAUGCUGCAAAAAUGUUCCGGACGAAAUGUUCGAACUUUCAAAUUCACCGGAGUGUAUUCGAGUCACUCAGGAAGAAUAACAUUAUAUUGAUUGAUCAGCACGAAAUUAUUAUUAAAAAUAAUCGAAAUUAAAUAACAGAAAAUCGAAGAAUACAUUUUAAAAAGACGAAAGUCAUAAAA